AUUCACUAUAUCUGGUCUCCCACAGUACACAGGACAUGGAAGUGCAAUUAUUGUAGUAAAUUGUGGUGGUUUAUAUUUGUAACUUCUAUCAGUGUUCAACAGAGUACUGGUUACAGCUUGUUGGAGGAGUUAUCUCUAGGAAGAUGUGGAGCCUCUGACCUCUGUCUGGACAGUGCUGAUUGGCCCUGUGCUGAUCACAUGCACUCUCCCAAGAAAAAAAAACUUCCCUAGCAAUACACCAAAUUGAGCAUGUGCUGUGUCUCCACACAAUACUGUGUGUCUUAUCAGGAGAUAAGAGGGGGACACUAGAAGAAGGGGAGGAUCACAGAAGUCAGGAUCAAACAUUCUUUUUACACAAUGCAGAGGAUUAACCCCUUAGGUUCCACAGUGAGUAUAACAAGCAUGAUACAGACUGAUUUUACUGUUGUGGGUUUAG